AUGCUUUCCUUAAAGUCAUCCACUCGUACCCUUUUCAAAUCUACAUCUGUUGCCGCUUCUUCCAUCGGAGCCAUUAGAACCAAUGUUACCAAAUUGGCUUUACCAGAUCUUGAAUACGACUACGGUGCUUUAGAACCUCAUAUUAGUGCUAAGAUCAAUGAAAUCCACCACACCAAGCACCACCAAGCUUAUACCCAAAACUAUAAUAUUGCAGUUGAACAAGCAGCUGAAGCUUCUGUUAAAGGUGAAGCCAAGAAGCUUAUUGAAUUACAAAAGGCAAUUAACUUCAAUGCUGGUGGAUAUGUCAACCAUUGUUUAUUCUGGAAGAAUUUAUCUCCAGAAAAGCAAUUUGGUGGUCAACCGCCAGCUGAAGAUUCUGAAUUUGCCAAGAAAAUCAUUGAGCAAUAUGGAUCGCUUGAAAACUUGAAAACCUUGACCAAUUCCAAAUUAGCUGGUAUUCAAGGUUCUGGUUGGGCCUUCAUUGUUAAGAACAAGGAUAAUGGUGGUGCUUUAGAUGUUGUUACGACUUCCAACCAAGAUACAGUUACUGGUCCAUUAGUUCCAUUAGUUGCUAUUGAUGCUUGGGAACAUGCUUACUAUUUACAAUACCAAAAUGUUAAGGCUGAUUACUUCAAGGCUAUCUGGAAUGUUAUCAAUUGGAAAGAAGCUGAAAAGAGAUAUUUAAUCAAUUAG